AUGAUGACUUGGCAAGGAAAGAAGGCAUUGAAUCUAGAGGCCGUUUCUGCUAUGGCUGGUAUGGGGCUUGCGGAGGCACUGAAAAUUCCAUUUAAAUACUAUGUAUGCGGCUUUUUCUUCCACGAGGAAACUCCAUAUACUCCAGAUAGAGAGCUAGCAGAGUUUCUGAAAUCAGGCCCUUUGCCAAUUUAUAUUGGCUUCGGAAGCAUUGUUAUAGAAGAUAUUGCGAAGAUGAUUGAGAUAAUACUCGAGGCCAAUAGAGCGUGUGGCGUGAGGGCUAUUUUUUCUAAGGGCUGUAGUAAGCUCGGAACGAAUCUUUCAGACCCUAAUGUUCUUUUUAUUGGUGACUGUCCGCAUGCUAAGAGAAUUUCUGCACUGGCCUUCGUCAUCCACCAUGGUGGAGCAGGAACUACGGCAUGUGGGCUGUUGAACGGCCGUCCGACCUCAAUCAUACCAUUCUUCGGCGAUCAACCUUUCUGGGCAAAUAUGGUAGCCGCCACUGGCGCCGAUCCACAGCCUAUACACUUUAAAGCUCUCGACAGUGCAAAACUAACUGCCGCCAUUCGCAUCUGCCAAGCGCCCGAGACUGUUAGAGCAACCGCCUUGAUUGCUGCUCGAAUAAAAGAUGAACGCGGGGUCAAAGAGACUGCCAAUUCGUUCCAUCGCAACCUACCGCUUGAUGCUAUGAGAUGCGAUUUAUUUGGAAGCCAAAAUGCUAGCUGCAUAUAUAUCACAGCUAAGAAGGACGGCAACCUUGGAUUUGCAAAAGGUCUUGCUAAGGGGACCGUGGGUCUCAGAACUAAACCUGGAGCUGAUUGGGCUUCCAACGGCUCGAAAACGGAUCUUGAAAGGGAGGCAAAUGUUAAGUGCGUAUAUGAAUGGAAAGACGCCCCCGUAGGAGGCUGA